AUGUCGGCAAACAGUGAAGAGGUUUUUGAGCGGGAUGAAGACAUGUCGUCCUGGAGUUCGGCGUUCGCGCCGGUGAAGAAGAGACACUCCACGACACAGGAGCGCAGGCGAUGUGACAAAGAAGAGACCAAGAAGCGAAAGAAGAAAGAGAGGAAGUCGGCAUCAGUCCCGGAAGAUGCCGACAAUCGGGCAGAGCAGUUGCCCUCCUCCAGCUACACCGCCCGAGACCCUCAGGAGCAGGAGGGUUCAGCCCACGAAGGGCUUCCCGCCAACUUGGGCAGGUGGGUCUUCCAUGCCUCUUGGGAACCGACAGAAGAAGGAGACCAGCCGGAAGCGCCUCCCAAACGCAGUCCGGGGAGAGCAGCUGCGAAGAUGCUGGUUCGCGCCGGCCUUCGCUGUAAAUGUCAUUUCGCUCUCGACUGCCAAUGCAGUGACGUGCAGGGCUGGGAGAGUUUCCUGCGUGAGCAAGACGCACCCUCGCAGAAGCCUAUGAUGUUUAUGCUACUCGAGCCGGCUCAAGAGCUUUCAGUUUUCACCUUCGUUUCACCCUCCGUCUCACAAUGGUGUCGCAGAGACGACUCCGACUCCUCUGACAGUGAGGAGAUGAUUCCGACGAUCUACGGGCUCAUGCCCAUGAGGCGAAAAGCUAAGAAGAACCGCAAGCACAAGAAGAGCAAAGAGUCCAAAAGAGACCGACGCACCAAGAAGAAGGCGUCGAAGAAGCGCGCACCCAAGGCAAAGAAGAGCUCGUACAGCUCUGAAUCCUCCUCGUCCUCGUCUUCGCCGGAACGCCGCCGCCACAAGCGCAAGGAGCGUGCGGAAGCCGCUCCCUCUAGCCACAAGGGGGAGUCUUACCACACACCGUCCUUUACGAAGGACCAUUCCUUUGGAAGUGGCAAAUGGGGCGGACAGAGCUCCGGGUGGAAGCAGCCAGGCUGGCACUCGAACAAACAAUGGCAAGCCAAGUCUUGGCAGCCCAGAGGCUCCGGCAAGCCCUGGAACACUUGGACGGCGCAUGAGAAGGGUUACCAGUGGAAGCUCCCCGAACAGGAAGAAGAAGCCGAAGAUAGGGAGGAAGCUUCCAUGCAGGAAGCACUCAUGAAGAGUGCAAUGGAGGAGGCGUGGUCCGACCGCACUCGGACUUUGUCCUACAGUGAACUCCCGGCGGAUCAGCGCGGCCCCCCCUACAAAGAAGUCAUGGAGAAUGUGGAAGCUGAUGACAUCGAGCGCAUGGCCGCGCGGAUCAAGGAGCACUCCCGCCUCCCGGAGGCAAUGAUCAACUAUGUGUCCCGGUUCCUGGCCUCCCUCCCCGACGGGACGCUGCCGCAAGAGUUGAAAUGGGCGCAGCAUUCAGGAUCGCAUUUCUCCGCCUCGAUCCUCGAACUGGAGCUUAAACCCGACAUCGCCGCGCCGGAGCAGCUCCAGAUCCCGGACCCCGUCCACUCGCAGAGUCUGACGGCCGCUCACGGCACGAAGUGGUCCUCGGCUCACGGCAUUUUGAGCCAAAAGAUCAUCCGCCCUCAAGCAGCUCAGACCGACCAGUACCCGCCAUACGGGUUCUUCGCCCGUGGCAGCUGCGAGCAGUACUCCUCGCACACGGCAAUGAAGGCCCUGGAAGGGGUUGCGAGGAAAGCAAAGGCCUCGGGAAGUGGCAUCGCAAUUUUGGUGUCCGCAAGGGCACACGCGGUCCAACUCUUGGAAGGAGGCGUGGGCAAGCUUCAUGCAGCUUGCAGAAGAGACUGGGCGGCGCGAUCCUCAUCGGACCAAAGUCUGUGCAUCAGGUCGGAGGGCGCGACCAUAAAGGCCGUGGCGUUCAUGUGGUGUGUCGUGUCAGUCUCACCCAGCAGCAUGGCGGAAGAGAGUGAAAUCGACAGGCUGCUCGAUUUGGAGCGGCUAGCAGAGUUGGAAGAUCCAGGUGAGUUGGAUCAGUGGCCAGAGCAGGAACGGCCCGAAGCAACAUUAGCGCUCACGCCAGCUGAGUCAGAGCUUUUCUCUGCAUCGGCCAGUGCCCGGCCCCAAAACCAGCAAAGUUCGCCGAGCGGCGUGCUUCAAGGGCGCGAGUACGAGCAGGAAGUGUGGGAGAAGACCAUAACGGAAGUUUCGAGGGGAUGGCUCAAGGGACCCAUGGAGCCUGAUGAUGCCGAUGCGCCCUCGGUCGUGUCUAAUCGCUUUGGGGUUAAGCAGAGGGACAAGGUACGGUGCGUCGACGAUAUGUCGGCUAGUUUGAUAAACGCUACCACCUUCGCGGAGGAAAGGAUAUCUCUUCAUUCCGUAGAUGUCAUGGCUUCCGCUGUGGUUGAGUGGUGCGACGCCAGAGACGCCGCGCAGAGGCCUCGCGACUUGACCGCUAAGAGCUUCGAUCUUAAGUGGGCCUUCAAGCAGAUGGCAGUGUCGGCGAGCUCCAGAGACAGGGCGGGACUAGUCAUCAAGGACCCGUCUGGCUGCCCCAAGGUCUUUACAUCGCUGGCCCUGCCCUUCGGGGCCACUCAGAGUGUAUACGCCUUCAACAGGAUGAGCAGGGCACUGUGGACCCUAGGAGUCGUGGCCCUCAGUCUCAUGUGGACGGUUUUCUUUGACGACUUUUGCCUGUUUUCGGAGCCCGCCCUGGAGAAGAGCUCGGACCUGGCUGCAAGGUCCCUCUUCGAUAUCCUUGGAUGGGUGUAUGACACCUCUGGCGAGAAAAACACGGUCUUCGGUAGGACACUACACGCUCUAGGAGUCAGCGUCAACCUGAGACAUCUCACCAAGGGAUCGCUACUCAUCAGCAACACUGAGGCAAGAAUCAGUGAGCUCGUGAGCGAGCUCUCAAACAUUCUCGACAGGGGAAGAAUAUCGAGAUCCGAGGCCAGGCACAUGGCGGGGCGAAUGAGUUUCGCCGGAGGGCAAAUCUUCGGUCGACUCCCGAAGUCCUGUCUUAAAGUAUUCUACUCCGUUUUGGAACGGAACUCUACCGCAAUUGACGGAAGCAUCUCCGCAGCACUUCGGAUGUACAUUGACAUCGCUCAGUUCGCCCCAGCGAGGACGAUUCUCCUGGGUCAGAGGUUCUUCUCGUACUUCCCUAGCUCAGCUGAGCUUGCUGAGGUGGGAAUAGACCUAGCUUUGAAAGCAGAAGAGACCGAGCAGAAUGAACCGACUGCGGCACAGCUUGAUACCAUCACUUCGAAGCGAGAUUCUCAGACAGCCACCGUCCAGUCUAGUGUUGAUCCUGCCGGACAUUUGCGCAUCACGAAAACCAAACAGAAAGUCGAGAUGCCUCAAAACUCUGAAGCUUACCGGAGAGUCUUGAAGAUUGAGGGUUACUCUUGGUUGGCGAUGCAGUCCAGGUAUAAAUCCAAGACUUGGCUUCAGGGCUUGACGAUGGCGGAUUUCACCAAGUUCGUCGACUACAUCCUCGGCGAGCGGGUCGCGGGUCUCAGAUUGGAGCAGGCCACAGGCUACGACAGCAGCCACAAUGCACUCUUCCGUCCCCCAUGGGGGAUCGUGCUUCGCUAUGAGUACAAGUUGAGGAAAGAAGCGUUCAGGCUAGUGAAUGAUGAAGGUCAGACGCUUCAAGAUGCUUUGGCUGCCGUGACUAAGGAUACCGAGCUUAAAGAAGUUCAUUUUGUCACUCCCCUAACCUUGACCGCUUUCCCCAUGCCAUCAAAGUGGACACGCAGGGGGGAGAAAGGUGAGAAGGGGGGGAAAGGCAAGGACCCCAGGACGGGAAAAGGCAAGCAAGGAAAGGGAAAAGGCGAAGAAAAAGGUGCUUUCCGAGGCCUGCAGCUAGUCUGGAGGACGCCCGAUGGCAAGGAUAUCUGUUUCGCAUACAACAAUCAGGGUUGCCAGGGCAACUGUGGGCGCGCACACGUGUGCAGGGUCAAGGGAUGCUACAAAGAACAUCCGGCCAUUCGCCACCAGGAGCUAUCGCAAGGCAACAACAAAGCCGAGUCGGAAGCAUGGCCCACAGGUUUUCCAUGGUUGUCGGAUGACAAUAGAAUUAAGGUUGAGAAGGCAAAUUCCUUGUUCCAGCGAUGUGUAGAAGCUGCAUCCGCCUGUGCAUCCGCAGGAGGCUGCUUUGUGCUUGAGAGCCCUGAGGAUUUGGGUGCCACCAAGGACGGUGAGCGACCGGCGUCAUUUUGGCAGUUACCUCAGGUGCGCGACUUGCAAGUUCAGCGUAAUGCCACAACUUGGGCAUACUUCCGUUGUGCCUUCGGUGCACCUACUGCUAAACCCAGCCGCUUCCUCUGCAAUUCCGAGCGGCUGAAACAUCAGCUGCCACCGCACAGCAUUUGGCCCACAUUCGAUGCUGAAGGCCGCUACGUGGGCCCGCUCCCCCCACGCUGCCCUCACAGCCAUCAUCCCAAACCUUUGGUAGGACGCCAAGGUCGUGAUUGGAGUACGGCCACCUCUGUCGAGUGGCCGGCAGCUCUGUGUGAUCACCUCUUGCGUUCCAUCCUUCCUUCGGUGCUGCGCACAAGGGGGGACGCAGGAAGGAAUGCUGGCCGACCGGAGGGUCCUCGUUCUAGCACUGCCGAUAGUCCCUUGUCCUCCCCUGCAGUUCCCUCCAUUUCGGUUUCCCCAGCUGCUAGUGGUUUAGUCCCCCAGGCAGAUAGUGAUGUAGGCCCCCAGGUUGGGGCAGGCCCCGAUUCGUCGGAGGCACAUGCACACAACGCCGAGGCUUUAGCUUGUGAGAUCCUUUCGAAAGACGAGGCGCCUCGCGCCGAGGACAUCAUUCGCUUGUACGAAGCUUUGCCGAAAGAAGUGUCAGCCCGUGACCCCGAAGGCCGCAUCCCGAGCUCUUUCUCCACGGGUGCUUACAACAAGGGAGGCUUGACAGGCCUGAGGAAGGCAUGCCACGAUUUCCCGCUGGCCACCAAGUGCUUGGUCCGGUUUGUUCGGAGCAUGCAUCCUUUCCAUCCUUUCAGCACUAUCAGCAUUUACGACAAUGUGUGCACUGCCCUCCAUAGGGACAGCCGCAAUGCUUGCUGCGAGAACUUGAUUAUCCCUCUUACCCAGUUUUCGGGGGGUGAGUUGUGGAUGCAACAAGACAAGGGUGCUACACCUCAGAACUUUGGAGGCUCUGAAGUGUUUGGGACGGCUGUGCCGAUUCCCCCGGAAGGCCUCUGCUUCGAUGCUCGUGGCAUCUUGCAUUGCACCAUGCCUUGGAAGGGCCGCCGACUGAUUGCCGUUGCAUUCACGGUGUCGAAGACUGAGGAGCUGAAGCAAUCGGAUGCGCGGCUUCUUGAGGACCUUGGAAUCAACUGCCCUCCCGCAAGUCAGUUGACAGGAAGGACCUUGGAUGCCGGGGAGCUGUCAUCGACGGAGAGCUCGGAAUCGGAACCGCCAUCUGGUGGUUUGGACCAGCAAGCAGACGAUGUCUUCAGACCAGAGCUUUGUGGCAACUUCGGAAAUCCCUUGAUGCUGGAGUGGGAUGGGAGAGAGUCGCCUAUCACUGACGGCUAUGGUCUUUGUUCUCCAACGCGUUGGCAUCCUGCCUCCCGUGGAGCAUCGCUACCAGAGAAAUCAAAGGACCUGUCAAGACGCUUGAAUGGCUUGGUGCAGCAGUUUGUCGCAGAGCAGGUGCCAGACUGCCAAUUGCUGGCACUCAAGUUGGCCACCGGGCAGAUUCUGGAAUCGCCUUUUGAUGAAGGUGCGAUGCGACGCCUUCGCGAGGACUGGGCUGCACUUGUAUGCGAGACUGACGGAGCCAAACACGAAGGCUUGCUGGAAGUUCCUGAUCCGCAGCCUUUCUAUCUUCGGUUGCUCUCGCACACGUCGCGCUUGCUGGAAGACCCAGACUGGAAAAUCUUGACAGAAGGCGAGGAGUGCUUUGAGAAAGGUGUUCCAUUGGGCUAUGACGAGACCAUACCUAGGGUGCCGCAGGUCUUCGAUCGGAAGGUCAAAUGGAGAAAACUUGAUGAGAGCACUUUUGAGGCUGUCAAAGAAAAUUACCAGAGCGCGAAGCUCACCGUGCAGGAGAUGGAGAUGAAGUUCAGGGAGGAGGAGAAGCUUGGGCGAAUGUACCCGACCACUUACUCCGCUUUGGCGGCCGAGCAUGGAGCGGACAGGGUACGUAUAGCAGCGAUGGGAGCGGUCGCCAAGCCAGAUGGCAGCGUCCGUCCCCUACAUGAUGGCACCCACGGGGUGAAGAUCAACAAUGGCAUUCGGUUGCUGAACCAAACGGCCACGCCUGGCCCUGCGGAAGUGGCACACGCCUUAAGCUCUGCUAAACGGUCGCGCGAGGCUGCCUUUGGAAUCUCAGCGGACGUAAGUGCGGCACACCGUCUUGUCAAACACAGGCGUCGGGACCACCCCUUGAUGGCAUGCAAAGCAGAUUCUUCAAGCACCGUCGUUUGGGUUAACGUUGUAGGAACAUUCGGACUGAGUGUCGCUUCAUUUUGGUGGAGCAGAUUGUUCGGACUUGUGGGCAGGACAGUCGCCCGAGCAAUGCUUCAGGAAUGGUUCUAUCAACUUUGCUUCGUGGACGACAUCCACGGUGUGUUCACUGGAGCACAUAAGUUCCGAAAUCUGGUGAUGUGGUUCGUCUUGUACCUUGCCUUAGGGACCCCUUUCUCCUUUAAGAAAUUUCGGGGAGGUUUUAAGGUUCCCUUCGUGGGUUUUGAGCUCGACUACCGAUCAUGGCAAGUUGGCAUGUCGGACUCUCGAGGAGCUUGGAUCGUUUCAUGGAUCAAAGAUGCCAAAACCAAACGCUUCGUGGUUCAGGUCCGACUCUUCAGGGAGUUCCUUGGCCGGUUGGGGUUUGUCUCUAGGAUAGUGGUUUGGAUUAAGCCUCACCUUGCUCCACUGUAUGCGUGGGCAUCAGCGGUGUCCCGGAGCACCGUCGCCAAGUUGCCUGAGACUGUCAUCUUGACCCUCCUUUACUUGGAGAGAACGCUUGACGAAUACACUUUUAAGGUGAACCCCUGCCGCAAACCUAAACACCAGGUCGCGGGCUUCAGGACAGAUGCAAAAUGUGCCGACGGAUUCGUCGUGUUGGCCGGUUGGGAGCUAAGCGAUGACACCAAGACUUCUAAGUGGUUUUCGCUGCGCUUGACACCGAGUGAUGCACCAUACUUGUUUGAUCAGGAGGGAAAAUCACAAUGGGCAUCAGGCUCAGCAGAACUGCUGGCAACAUUGGCGGCCCUUCACAUCUUCGGAUACUUGACCGCCUCUGUGGACAGAAAGGAAUUGGACGUUGAGUGCGCUGCGGACACAGACAAUCAGGGCAACUCGAGAUUGCUCAAGAAGGGGUCAUCAACAAAGUGGCCCCUCAUGUUGAUCAACAUGCAGUUGUCUGACCUGCUUCUUCGCUCUUCCUUGAAGCUCCUCCUAAGGUGGAGGCCGCGCGAUGAGAAUCAGUACGCGGACCAACUCACGAACGAGAUUUUCACCAACUUCUCGGACGAACUCGCAUUGCAUGCAGUUACUCGGAUUUGCCUCUUUCGCUUCUGCAUCAGUUGUGGGAGACCAAAGAAAGCUUCGACUCAGCACGAAGGGCUCAGGCCGGGAAAGGGGGUUGGAUGCAUCAACAUGCAUCCGCCCUACCAAGGGCACCGCGAGACUACCAACCGCUGCGAAUAA